AUGACUUCGAGAGUAGAUUCUCAGUCCGAUCCACAAUCCGAUUCCCUCGCCCUCACACUGUCAGCAAAUGCAACCGAUCUCGAUCCCACUCUUCCCCUACUUACUUACCUCCCUGCUCCCUACGACGCCGUUCAAAUGCAACCGCAUGCAGAGGAUUUCCGCCGCUCUCCCAGCCUGCUCUCUCCCCCAGCCACCGUUGAAGGCGUCAAUGCGGGGUCCAGAAAGCGGAAACUGCGGCUGGAGAAGGAGGGGAGUUCCCUGAGACGCUCCCCAAGAUUGUCAGCAGGUUCUGGAACAGGGUCGCGUGAUCUCAUCAAGGACCAGAGUGUAGAUUCCAAUCUUUAUUCAGAUGUCAAACCUAUAAAAUUUUUUAAUGGAAAGUUCAUUGGUGAGGAGCACUUCUUGAGGGAAUGCCCAGGAUUAAAUCCAUCAAAUGAGGCAUAUACAGAAAAGCUUGAUGUGAAACUGUACGGUAAAUUGGAGCUUAGGAGAUCCCCAAGACUUUCCUCUUCAAAUGGGAAUGAAAACAAAGAAAUUAAUGUUUUUUCACAAGGAAAAAGAACAUCGAAAGGCAUUCACCAAAAGAAGAAAAAUACAAAAGUAAUUUCUACUUUCAUUGAAUUGUCCAGUUCACUAGUUGAGCAGCAUUCUGAGGCUAAAACUAUCUCAAGAAGCUCUACUUGUGGAAUUGACGCUACAAAAUACUUGAGGUGGUCUUCAGAGGCAAUCAGUUCCUCAUCCUGGGCUGAAAAUGGCAGAACAAUUUCUAAUUCCUCUGCCUUGUCUGAGUUAGACGACAGAUCACCAAGACAGAAAUAUAAAGUAUCUACUUUAACUAAGGAAGGUAUGGAUUCACAAAGCAUCCCUUCCUUCAUUGGUGAUCCAAUACCUGAUGAUGAAGCUCAGAAAAGAUGGGGAUGGCGUUAUGAAUUAAAGGACAAAAAAUAUAAAGAUCAAAAGUUCAAAAUAAAUGAGGGUGAAGAAGAUGAGAUUAUUGCAAAUGUUAAAUGCCAUUAUGCACAAGCUGAAAUUGGGAAUUGCGUUUUUAGUCUUGGUGAUUGUGCAUUUAUAAAAGUUGUUCAAGACGAAGGUGGAUUCCAUGACAAGAGGCGUGUAUUUUAUUCAUCAAUAAUGAAUGAUAACUUAAUAGAUUGCAUAAUAGGAAAAGCUAAUGUUACACAAAUAACACCUAGGGUUGGUCUGAAGUUGGCUUCAAUUUCGCCAUCUGACUUAUACUAUGACAUGGAAUAUCGUGUGGAUUACUCUACAUUCUGCAACAUACCAACAGUCUCUCAAACAGAUGCCUCUACAGUAACGGAGAGUCUAUGCUAUUCUGAGUUGUACAAGACAGAAUUAGCAUUACUAGAUCUCUAUUCUGGGUGUGGUGGCAUGUCAACUGGAUUGUGCUUAGGUGCCAAAACUGCAUCAGUUAACCUUGUCACGAGAUGGGCUAUUGAUAGUGAUAUGUCAGCUAGCAAAAGCUUUAAACUCAACCAUCCAGCCACACAUGUCCGAAAUGAAUCGGUUGAGGACUUUCUAGAAUUAUUGAAGGAGUGGGAAAAACUAUGCAAACGGUAUAAUGCCACUGCUGUAGCAAGAAAACUUCCAUCUCGAUCCAAUUGUUCAGGAGAAAAUAGAAGAGAGAAUUCUGAAGUUCAUGUUAUUUCUGCUGGUGAAUUUGAAGUUUCUAAGUUAGUUGAUGUCUGCUUCGGUGAUCCCAAUGAAACUGGCAAUCGCGGUCUGUAUUUGAAGGUGCGUUGGAAGGGUUUCAGUGCAAGUGAAGACACUUGGGAGCCGAUUAAAAGCUUAAGUAAGUGCAAGGAAAGCAUACAAGAUUUUGUGAGAAAAGGGAUGGAAUCAAAAUUCUUGCCUCUUCCUGGAGAGGUUGAUGUUAUUUGUGGGGGUCCUCCUUGUCAAGGAAUUAGUGGAUAUAAUCGAUAUAGAAAUUCUGAGUCACCAUUGGAUGAUGAAAGGAAUCGUCAGAUUGUGAUUUUCAUGGACACGGUGAAAUUUUUGAAGCCUAGGUAUGUUUUAAUGGAGAAUGUGGUUGACAUAAUGAGAUUUGACAAGGGUUCACUUGGAAGAUAUGCAUUAAGUCGUUUAGUACAUAUGAAUUACCAAGCAAGACUGGGAAUCAUUGCUGCUGGGUGUUAUGGUCUUCCACAAUUUCGGUUGCGUGUUUUCUUGUGGGGUGCUCAUCCUAGUGAGGUUAUACCUCAAUUUCCACUGCCAACGCAUGAUGUUAUCAUCAGAUACUGGCCUCCGCCAGAGUUUGAGCGCAAUCUUGUUGCUUAUGAUGAAGACCAACCUCGUGAAAUAGAGAAAGCUACUGUUAUUCAAGAUGCCAUCUCCGAUCUUCCUGCUGUCAUGCACACGGAAACUCGUGAUGAAAUGCCAUAUAGGAAUCCUCCAGAAACAGAGUUUCAAAGAUACAUACGGUCAACUAAGUAUGAGAUGACUGGGUCAAAAUCAAAUGGAACAAGAGAAAAAAAGCCCCUAUUGUAUGAUCACCGUCCCCUCGCCAUGUCUGAAGAUGACUACCAACGUGUUUGUCAAAUUCCAAAACGCAAGGUUGGUGCAAAUUUCCGUGAUCUGCCUGGUGUAAUUGUAGGAGCUAACAAUGUGGUAAGACGACAUCCAACAGAGAAUCCGAAACUGCCAUCUGGAAAGCCAUUAGUGAGUCUUUAUGUCCCAGAUUAUUGCUUCACAUUUGAGCAAGGGAAGUCUAAGAGGCCAUUUGCACGGUUGUGGUGGGAUGAGAAUCUUCCUACUGCACUAACCCUCCCACGUUUUCAUAACCAGGUUGUACUCCAUCCAGAGCAGGAUCGAGUCCUCAGUAUACGGGAAUUUGCCAGACUGCAAGGAUUUCCUGAUUAUUAUAGAUUCCAUGGGACUGUGAAAAAAAGGUACUGUCAAAUUGGAAAUGCAGUUGCCGUUUCUGUUUCACGGGCUUUAGGUUACACCCUAGGACUUGCUUACAGAAAGCACAGUGGAAAUGAGCCACUUGUAGUCCUCCCUCCCAAGUUCUCUCACUCUAAUUAUCUUCAGUUAUCCAACGAUCAGCCGGACAACACUGACUAA